UGACCUCUGCGUUCACACUAUGCCACGAAGUGUCGAGUUGCAGGUCUACGUUGGAGUUCCACGCGCGCUGGGUAUGUUUUCGCACGGUCGCAUCCGCAAAUGGCAGAAGAUCGGCACUUGUCCGGUUCAUAUUCCCUCAUCUGACACGGCGAAAGUGACUCACACGCCCAUGCUCAGGCAGCGACUGCUCUUUGGCUCAGAAGGCAUCGGCAGUGGGCAGAACGAAGCCAGCUACGUCGAAGGCGCCUCGACGAUGACGCCACGGUCGCACAAGCGUGAAAGCAUCGACAGAUUCGAAUUACAGGUUGGUGGAUUUCCUUUUUGCAGUAGCUCAAUUUACAGUUGUUUGACUCACUCUAGACACAUCGAGAUCGACACCUAGCUACGCCUACGGUGGCGCGCCAUGACGAGUCAGAGUCUAGGCUUCGUAAUAUGAAUUAAGUUCUUCGAAAGAGAACCCCUGAGUCUUUCUUCGUGAUGAUCUACUCUUUGUCUAAGUCUAGUACGCUCUCAGUCACGCUAUAUUUAAUGAAUAUCACCAGGCUGCCAUGGAUGACGAGGCACGAACGACAGGAAUUUUGAACAUCCGGACCUUCUGGCCUCUUCCAGCAAAGCGCAGUGGAAGUUCAAUGAAAUCCGGUGGCGUGGUGCCGCCACAGCCUCUUGCUGAGACUUCUGUUAUGGAAUCCCUCCAUCGCGCCUUUGAUGAAGGCAGCCACAUCAUUCCGAUUUUUACACGCAAAUUUGCCAGGAACAGCGCAUCUUCAAGGGCGUCACAGGGAGCUGAUCCUGGAGCUGAACAAGCAGGAGCUGGGUCAGGAGGUAGUAGGCCUCGAGCUUUAUCGUCAGAGGGCGCGGUCGUGUCCAGAACGCAGCAAUUGUUAGACGAACUUAGGUUCGACCCUAAUCACCCACUCUUGCAGCAAACAAGGGAUGAAAUAGAUCAUCUCGCGACUACAGCUGGUGGCGGACAGGUGGGUCUUUGUCUGGCACACUAUUCUGGAAACAAUGAUAAUCAUAAUGCAGCUUUCGUUCCGGUUUUCCCAUGUUUCCGACAAGUAAUUCUAUUUGCUGAUUUUGUACUGACUUUCACUCCUCUUCAGAUUCAGAACCCCGUAUAGUUCACCCUACCUUGUCAAGCUUGCAUCAUGUCACAGCUUUUCGAUCCGAGUCUGAAGGUGCUUUAUUGCGGUUUAAAUUUUGUCGACUGGUCCUAUGUGAAAAGCUCUAGGAGAUUUCAGAAGCUCGCGCUGCGAGCACAGAAAAGCGGCGGGGGUCAUGAGCAAAUAGCAGCGACGGAUAAAGAGGUGCGCAUGCAGAUGAUAUCGGCGAACGCGAGAGCGAUAAUUACCGGAGAGGACACUGGUGCUCAAGAUGGCGCUGUCGUUCAAGUGAAAUUGCCAGGCAAGGCAAAAGAGCUGGACGCCACGGCUUCCAAAAAGUCAGACGCAGCAGCACAGAAAGAUGCAAGUGGAAGUGCCGCAGGUAAUCGUAAUACUUGUUAGCUCGUCACCUCUCCCUUUUCAUCUCUGAGUCCUAGUAUUUUGUAAUAAUUGUACACGGAUGAACAGGUUGCUUUAUAAUGCAGACACUUGCUGGAGGAGCAAGCGAAUUCACAAUCACAUUCAAUCACUCAAAAGCGGUGAUCCUCAUCCUCGUUCUUGUAUUGUAAGUGUCGCUCCACUGACCUAGUUUCAUUUCUAGGUGCUGAAGACGACGAUGACGAUGAUGACGCAGAACGCGACUUCAUUGCGGCUAUUCAAGAGCGCGUGCGGAUGGUUAGUUCAGUAAAGAAGAAGUUCAGCAUUCGAACCGUUGUUCGCGAGCAUGGUCAGGAUGCUGAGCCGAUCGACUGGGCGGCAAUUUGGGUCCAGGUGUCGAACAUGCUGAAGCCGAAGCGACCUCUGAAGCCUGCUCUUCAACAGAGAAACUUCGAUCCGUCGAGCAAGCGUGCAGGCAUUCACAUCAAUGUGAGCAAACUGUACAACGUGCCAGUGCG